AUGCUCACGCUGAAGGCUGGCAGUACUGGCAAGCCAAUCUGCAGGCGGCCUGGAAUCACAGGAAGUGGUAAGCGUGUCUGAGAGGCCGUGGCCGUACGUACCAUAGAGAAAGAGGAAGUGGGGAGGGAGAGGCCGGGCCGUACCAUAGAGAGGAAGCCCAGAGCUCUGGAUUCGCCUGAACAAGGUCUUUUUUUGGUACUUGAUUUGGUUACUAGGCAUCCUGUGUCUCCCCUCUGGCACUCAGUGAGCGGCCUGGGGGCUGCAGUGCCAGAGGGGAGACAGGACUGCUAUUAAUGUCUAUACUGUGUACUAAUAGGACAUGGCAGCCUGUCACUGGCUGAGAUCAGCUUCUCUAAUCUGUGUUUAUACAAAGCAAAGCCAUUAUUAUUAUUAUAUUACUACAGCACUGGCCCAAUACAGACCAAUGUUAUUGUAAAACUACAUUUCCCAGAAACCCCUGGCAGCAUUGAGGUGUUGGUAUGACAGCUGGGACCCCUGGUUUAGGUUAAAUUGCAUUUUAUUCUGUUAUUGUAAAACUACAUUUACCAGAAACCCCUGGUAUGACAGCUGGUACCCCUGGUUUAGGUUAAAGGGCAUUUUAUUCUGCAAUGCUACCUGUUAUUGUAAAACUACAUUUCCCAGAAACCCCUGGCAGCAUUGAGGUGUUGGUAUGACAGCUGGGACCCCUGGUUUAGGUUAAAGGGCAUUUUAUUCUGUUAUUGUAAAACUACAUUUCCCAGAAACCCCUGGCAGCAUUGAGGUGUUGGUAUGACAGCUGGGACCCCUGGUUUAGGUUAAAGGGCAUUUUAUUCUGCAAUUCUACCUGUUAUUGUAAAACUACAUUUCCCAGAAACUCCUGUCAGCAUUGAGGUGUUGGUAUGACAGUUGGGACCCCUGGUUUAGGUUAAAUGGCAUUUUAUUCUGCAAUUCUACCUGUUAUUGUAAAACUACAUUUACCAGAAACUCCUGGUAUGACAGCUGGGACCCCUGGUUUAGGUUAAAGGGCAUUUUAUUCUGCAAUUCUACCUGUUAUUGUAAAACUACAUUUACCAGAAGCUCCUGGUAUGACAGCUGGGACCCCUGGUUUAGGUUAAAGGGCAUUUUAUUCUGCAAUUCUACCUGUUAUUGUAAAACUACAUUUACCAGAAACCCCUGGUAUGACAGCUGGGACCCCUGGUUUAGGUUAAAGGGCAUUUUAUUCUGCAAUGCUACCUGUUAUUGUAAAUCUACAUUUCCCAGAAACCCCUGGCAGCAUUGAGGUGUUGGUAUGACAGCUGGGACCCCUGGUUUAGGUUAAAGGGCAUUUUAUUCUGUUAUUGUAAAACUACAUUUCCCAGAAACCCCUGUCAGCAUUGAGGUGUUGGUAUGACAGCUGGGACCCCUGGUUUAGGUUAAAUGGCAUUUUAUUCUGCAAUUCUACCUGUUAUUGUAAAACUACAUUUACCAGAAACUCCUGGUAUGACAGCUGGGACCCCUGGUUUAGGUUAAAGGGCAUUUUAUUCUGCAAUUCUACCUGUUAUUGUAAAACUACAUUUACCAGAAACCCCUGGUAUGACAGCUGGGACCCCUGGUUUAGGUUAAAGAGCAUUUUAUUCUGCAAUGCUACCUGUUAUUGUAAAUCUACAUUUCCCAGAAACCCCUGGCAGCAUUGAGGUGUUGGUAUGACAGCUGGGACCCCUGAUUUAGGUUAAAAAGCAUUUUAUUCUGCAAUUCUACCUGUUAUUGUAAAACUACAUUUCCCAGAAACCUCUGUCAGCAUUGAGGUGUUGGUGUGACAGCUGGGACCCCUGGUUUCGGUUAAAGGGCAUUUUAUUCUGCAAUUCUACCUGUUAUUGUAAAACUACAUUUACCAGAAACCCCUGGUAUGACAGCUGGUACCCCUGGUUUAGGUUAAAGGGCAUUUUAUUCUGCAAUUCUACCUGUUAUUGUAAAACUACAUUUCCCAUAAACCCCUGGCAGCAUUGAGGUGUUGGUAUGACAGCUGGGACCCCUGGUUUAGGUUAAAGGGCAUUUUGUUCUGCAAUUCUACCUGUUAUUGUAAAACUACAUUUACCAGAAACCCCCGGUAUGACAGCUGGUACCCCUGGUUUAGGUUAAAGGGCAUUUUAUUCUGCAAUUCUACCUGUUAUUGUAAAACUACAUUUCCCAGAAACCCCUGGUAGCAUUGAGGUGUUGGUAUGACAGCUGGGACCCCUGGUUUAGGUUAAAGGGCAUUUUAUUCUGCAAUGCUACCUGUUAUUGUAAAACUACAUUUCCCAUAAACCCCUGGCAGCAUUGAGGUGUUGGUAUGACAGCUGGGACCCCUGGUUUAGGUUAAAGGGCAUUUUAUUCUGUUAUUGUAAAACUACAUUUCCCAGAAAUCCCUGGCAGCAUUGAGGUGUUGGUAUGACAGCUGGGACCCCUGAUUUAGGUUAAAAAGCAUUUUAUUCUGCAAUUCUACCUGUUAUUGUAAAACUACAUUUCCCAGAAACCUCUGUCAGCAUUGAGGUGUUGUUAUGACAGCUGGGACCCCUGGUUUAGGUUAAAGGUCAUUUUAUUCUGCAAUUCUACCUGUUAUUGUAAAACUACAUUUACCAGAAACUCCUGGUAUGACAGCUGGUACCCCUGGUUUAGGUUAAAGGGCAUUUUAUUCUGCAAUUCUACCUGUUAUUGUAAAACUACAUUUCCUUGAAACCCCUGGCAGCAUUGAGGUGUUGGGAUGACAGCUGGGACCCCUGGUUUAGGUUAAAGGGCAUUUUGUUCUGCAAUUCUACCUGUUAUUGUAAAACUACAUUUACCAGAAACCCCUGGUAUGACAGCUGGUACCCCUGGUUUAGGUUAAAGGGCAUUUUAUUCUGCAAUUCUACCUGUUAUUGUAAAACUACAUUUCCUUGAAACCCCUGGCAGCAUUGAGGUGUUGGUAUGACAGCUGGGACCCCUGAUUUAGGUUAAAAAGCAUUUUAUUCUGCAAUUCUACCUGUUAUUGUAAAACUACAUUUCCCAGAAACCCCUGGCAGCAUUGAGGUGUUGGUAUGACAGCUGGGACCCCUGGUUUAGGUUAAAGGGCAUUUUAUUCUGCAAUUCUACCUGUUAUUGUAAAACUACAUUUACCAGAAACCCCUGGUAUGACAGCUGGGACCCCUGGUUUAGGUUAAAGGGCAUUUUAUUCUGCAAUGCUACCUGUUAUUGUAAAUCUACAUUUCCCAGAAACCCCUGGCAGCAUUGAGGUGUUGGUAUGACAGCUGGGACCCCUGGUUUAGGUUAAAGGGCAUUUUAUUCUGUUGUUGUAAAACUACAUUUCCCAGAAACCCCUGUCAGCAUUGAGGUGUUGGUAUGACAGCUGGGACCCCUGGUUUAGGUUAAAUGGCAUUUUAUUCUGCAAUUCUACCUGUUAUUGUAAAACUACAUUUACCAGAAACUCCUGGUAUGACAGCUGGGACCCCUGAUUUAGGUUAAAAAGCAUUUUAUUCUGCAAUUCUACCUGUUAUUGUAAAACUACAUUUCCCAGAAACCUCUGUCAGCAUUGAGGUGUUGGUGUGACAGCUGGGACCCCUGGUUUCGGUUAAAGGGCAUUUUAUUCUGCAAUUCUACCUGUUAUUGUAAAACUACAUUUCCCAGAAACCCCUGGCAGCAUUGAGGUGUUGGUAUGACAGCUGGGACCCCUGGUUUAGGUUAAAGGGCAUUUUAUUCUGUUAUUGUAAAACUACAUUUCCCAGAAAUCCCUGGCAGCAUUGAGGUGUUGGGACAGCUGGGACAGCUGGGACCCCUGGUUUAGGUUAAAAAGCAUUUUAUUCUGCAAUUCUACCUGUUAUUGUAAAACUACAUUUCCCAGAAACCCCUGUCAGCAUUGAGGUGUUGGGAUGACAGCUGGGACCCCUGGUUUAGGUUAAAGGGCAUUUUGUUCUGCAAUUCUACCUGUUAUUGUAAAACUACAUUUACCAGAAACCCCUGGUAUGACAGCUGGUACCCCUGGUUUAGGUUAAAGGGCAUUUUAUUCUGCAAUUCUACCUGUUAUUGUAAAACUACAUUUACCAGAAACUCCUGGUAUGACAGCUGGGACCCCUGGUUUAGGUUAAAGGGCAUUUUAUUCUGCAAUUCCACCUGUUAUUGUAAAACUACAUUUACCAGAAACCCCUGGUAUGACAGCUGGGACCCCUGGUUUAGGUUAAAGGGCAUUUUAUUCUGCAAUGCUACCUGUUAUUGUAAAUCUACAUUUCCCAGAAACCCCUGGCAGCAUUGAGGUGUUGGUAUGACAGCUGGGACCCCUGGUUUAGGUUAAAGGGCAUUUUAUUCUGUUAUUGUAAAACUACAUUUCCCAGAAACCCCUGGCAGCAUUGAGGUGUUGGUAUGACAGCUGGGACCCCUGGUUUAGGUUAAAGGGCAUUUUAUUCUGUUAUUGUAAAACUACAUUUCCCAGAAAUCCCUGGCAGCAUUGAGGUGUUGGUAUGACAGCUGGGACCCCUGAUUUAGGUUAAAAAGCAUUUUAUUCUGCAAUUCUACCUGUUAUUGUAAAACUACAUUUCCCAGAAACCUCUGUCAGCAUUGAGGUGUUGGUGUUAUAGCUGGGACCCCUGGUUUAGGUUAAAGGGCAUUUUAUUCUGCAAUUCUACCUGUUAUUGUAAAACUACAUUUACCAGAAACUCCUGGUAUGACAGCUGGGACCCCUGGUUUAGGUUAAAGGGCAUUUUAUUCUGCAAUUCUACCUGUUAUUGUAAAACUACAUUUACCAGAAACCCCCGGUAUGACAGCUGGUACCCCUGGUUUAGGUUAAAGGGCAUUUUAUUCUGCAAUUCUACCUGUUAUUGUAAAACUACAUUUCCCAGAAACCCCUGGCAGCAUUGAGGUGUUGGUAUGACAGCUGGGACCCCUGGUUUAGGUUAAAGGGCAUUUUAUUCUGCAAUUCUACCUGUUAUUGUAAAACUACAUUUACCAGAAACCCCCGGUAUGACAGCUGGUACCCCUGGUUUAGGUUAAAGGGCAUUUUAUUCUGCAAUUCUACCUGUUAUUGUAAAACUACAUUUCCCAGAAACCCCUGGCAGCAUUGAGGUGUUUGUAUGACAGCAGGGACCCCUUGUUUUUGGUUGAAGGGCAUUUUAUUCCGCAUUUCUACCUGUUUAUUGCUCUAUAUUUAUAAAGAAAACAGUCAGUUUAAAACCAAAAAUGAAAUUACAGUAACUGUGAUUGCUAAGUUGCAGCAUUUGUCUGAAUUAACAGUUUUGGACAAAAAAGUUAACCGUAUAUAAUAUAUUUUAUUUUAAUAGUAGUUUUUUUUUUUUUUAUCUUUAAGCGAGCAAUUGAAGCUUAAAAACAGUCACAAAACAAGGCUCGGUUUACAUGUUUUUGUUUUUUUUAUUUACUAUAACGACAAAACAUUGAGUUUUAUUUAUUAAUUGGUAGCUGUGAAGAAUUAGAAAGGGAUUUGCAGAUUUUUGACUGAAGUGGAGAAUUGACUUAUAAGUAAUUGAAUUUUAAUAUUUGUAAUAUUGCCGGUAUCGGACUAAUGUAUAUAUGACAGGCAUGUAUUUUAUUUUUCAUUUAACCAGUGUUAAAGGUGUAAUUGUUGUUUAGCAGUUAAUUCACCAAAGUGUGAACUAUAGUAAAUUGAAAACUCAAAAUGCAAAUUUCAGUGGAGAUUUUCUUUAAAUCAAUUAAUUCAUCCAAAAAUAUUUUAUCUGCUCUUGGAUUUACUAUACAUCGGCAUAUUGUACAUAAACUCCUCCAUGUUUGUCCCACAAAUUUCCCCCAAAUCACCUGUUUUUGACCUACAUAUAACAUUUCCUUUAGUUGAUUAAAUACAGAGGUGAGAGAGCCUGAACUUUUUUUGUUAUUCAUUUUUUCAAAAUACUAUAAAACAUGUCUUAUCCCAAAAAUGUGUCAGUGCAUGUUUUGAUAUGUAUUUGUGUAUUUGCAGGUUUUCUGUUUACCUUUCCGCUCUCUGAGCAAAUUCUACUUCAGACAAGUGUAA